AUGGCAGACUCGACCGCCAAGGCACAGCGCCCCCGCGUCUUCUUCGACAUCCGCAUCGGCAACAAGACGGCCGGGCGCAUCGUUUUUGAGCUCUACAACGAUGUCGUCCCGAAGACCGCCGAGAACUUCCGCGCCCUCUGCACGGGUGAGAAGGGCAACACCUCCGACGGCAAGCCGCUGCACUUUAAGGGCUCCAUCUUCCACCGCGUCAUCAAGCAGUUCAUGAUCCAGGGCGGUGACUUCACGGCCGCCAACGGCACCGGCGGUGCCUCCAUCUACGGCGAGAAGUUUCCCGACGAGAACUUUACGCUCAAGCACGACCGCCCCUUCUUGCUGAGCAUGGCCAAUGCCGGCCCAGACACCAAUGGCUCGCAAUUUUUCAUCACGACGGUGCCCACGCCACACCUCGACAACAAGCAUGUCGUCUUUGGCGCGGUGCUGGCCGGCAAGUCGGUCGUGCGCCAGGUUGAGAACAUUUCGACCGAGCCGGGCGACAAGCCGAGCAAGGACGUUGUGAUUGUGGACUGCGGCGAGCUCAAGGGCGACGACGCCAUCUUGUCGGCGGACGCGCCCAAGCAGCCCGACGCGCUGGGCGACCCGUACGAGGACUUCCCCGAGGACGAGGCCGAGAUCGGUGUUAGUGCGACCGAGGCGGCCAAGAGCGGCGCAGCAGCAGGAGAAGAAGCACCAGCCGACCCCCUCGCCGGCCUGACAGGCGGCGGCACCGCCACGCUGUCGGCCGAGCGCAUCCUCAAGAUCAGCUCCGACUGCAAGGGCUACGGCAACGCGGCAUUCAAGAACGGCGACUGGAGCACGGCGCUCGAAAAGUACCACAAGGCGCUGCGGUACCUGAACGAGGAGCCGGACCUCGACAGCGCCCCCGAGGGCACAAAGGCCGCCCUCGACCAGGUGCGCAUCAGCGUCAACAGCAAUGCCGCUCUGAUGCAGCUGAAGCUGGGCGCCUGGCAGGAGGCCCGCGUCGCCGCGAGCAACGCCCUCAGCGUGCCGGGCAUUUCGGAUGCCGACAAGGCCAAGGCGUACUUCCGCCGCGGCCAGGCGCUGGUGAAGCAGAAGGACGAGGAGGCGGCGCAGAAGGACCUGGCCGAGGCCCACAAGCUGGCCCCCGGCGAUGCCAACGUGCUCAAGGAGCUGAACCAGGUCAAGGCGGCGCUCAAGGCUCGCCGCGAGAAGGAGAAGAAGACGUACCAGAAGUUCUUCUCAUAG